AAGGAGACAGGCAAUAAAUUGGGUGCGGUAAUAUAGGUUGCAGUCUUCAAGGCAAACAGAGCAUUCGGUGUGACUCCUUAUCGGAUUCUCCUCACCCUUUCUCUUGUGUUCUUCAAUUCAGUUCUUCCCAUAAGCUGUCGGCCCCAGUUCGUUUCCCUUCCCUACUACCUCCACCUAUCCCUCUCUCCUGGUUUGCGAAAGAUUUUCAAGCGGUUCCAGAUUCCGGGAGCUGGUAGAUCAUGCCUUGCGCUGCCGAGCUUGUCAAUGGUGAGGGCGGCGCGAUCAAAGUGGGCACAACCGGCACCAUCGGUUCACUCAUGAUAAGAGAACUGGAGUCCAUCAAAGUCACACCCCAAGGAGCUGCUACCCCGCGUCUGAGACGCCAAAGUAACCCGGUUUCGGUUCCCUGUGGAGCUAGCCCUCGGAAGACCAUCCUAAGGAAGAGCUCAUCCAAUGUCGCAUGCAGCAGCAGUAGCAGCAACAACGGCAGAACCGAUCGUGUGAGUGCUGAUGAAGCCAGCAAGGCAAGAAGGAGCUCUCAACGGAACAAGUCCCACUCUCCAAUGCUGCACUCAGAUGGUGUGCUAGCUGACAGAAGCCCGAAUGUCGAGAAGGCGAAGAAGAAAGGAAAUUUUCAUGUUGUUGAGGUGGUUGAUGUUAGGUGCAGUAACCCGAUGAGCAGCCGUCUCCGGAAGCUCGGGUUCUCUAAGCUGUCGGAGAGCUUUGCCUAGCCACGACGGAACUGAACUUAAAGCUUCUGCUGCCCUUUCCUGGAGGUCAUCUUGGGUUCUUGCAAGCCUUUGGAGGGCAUCAUACCCUGGGAUGUUUGGUGAGCCAAUCAUCCACCUGACUGCAUCUUUGUAUGUCGCGAUCUGGUUUACGUAAGAUUUCCUUACUAGUUCUCUCCAUGGAAACUGCUUUUGCGCUCAUAUGUAUGAAACGUUAAUUCAUGAAAAGCAUUUCCCAUCAGAAGCUAGAUGUCGAUGGAUGAUAUAAUGUAAUGAUGCGCUAGUGUUUCUUUUGCCAUCGCUGACCUGGCUUGUUUGGCGCCACCAAUCUCGACCAAACGCUUGGAUUUGGCAACAAGUCAGUGAGAGUUGUCUUUCCAUCUUGGAAUUUAAAUUUAAUGGAAAACCUUGCACUUCUGAAAUAACAUAUGAGAUUCCUAGA